AUGUAUGUAUCACGACGGAAAAUAGCUGCUGCUUCCUUCUCAACCUCUUUGUUAUUCGAUGAAACACAAAUAAGGUUCAAAGAAGGUGUUCAACAAUUUGCCCAAGAGAGGAUAGCUCCUCAUGCAGACAAAAUCGACAAGACAGAUUCUUUCCCGGAGGAUGUUAACUUAUGGAAAGCAAUGGGAGACUUUGAUCUUCAUGGACUUACCGCUCCAGCUGAAUAUGGAGGACUCGAUGUAGGUUAUUUGUAUCAUUGUUUGGCCACGGAGGAGAUUAGCCGUGCAUCAGCGUCAGUUGGGUUUUCGUAUGUUUGUCAUUCUAACGUCUGCAUUAAUCAGUUGGUGAGGCAUGGAAAUGGUGCCCAGAAGGAAAGAUAUUUGUCCAAGCUAAUUAGCGGGGAGCAUGUAGGAGCUCUUUCUAUGAGUGAACCAAAUGCUGGCUCCGAUCCUGUUGGGAUGAAAUGUAAAGCUGAACGUGUUGAUGGUGGUUAUGUUUUAAAUGGAAACAAGAUGUGGUGCAGCAAUGGCGGAAUUGCCGACACCCUGGUGGUUUACGCAAAAACAGAUGCCUCUGCUGGAUCAAAAGGGAUAACAGCGUUUAUCGUUGAAAAAGGAACGCCUGGAUUCAUUGCUGCCCAAAAAUUAGAUAAACUUGGAAUGCGUGGAAGUCCUACAUACGAGCUUGUUUUUGAAAAUUGCUUUGUUCCUACAGACAAUAUACUUGGUGAAAUAGGAAAAGGAGUUUAUAUCAUGAUCGUAUCGGGGGCUUGUUAUGUUGCAUGA